AAAAUACUUAAGGCUUCAUUUAAAAUUAAACCCUAAUUCAAUUCAUUUAUACAACCUUAAAAUUCAGCAGCGGGUAUUUCUAUUAAAACGGACAGCCGUAUGAUUAUUCAUAACAUGGCAUAAAAGAACAAUACUAGAUAAAAUAGCAUUUAAUUAAGAUGGGAAGUUUUCACUUCAGAUUUGAAACAAGAAUUUUAAUAUUACCAAAAGUUGUGGAAAUGGUCGAUGCUUAUAAUAUGCAGCAAUAAGCGACUGUAAACACUUCGGACCAACAGAGGAAACAUCUCGCCCGCAAUCCAACCAGGGAGACACUUCUGUGGUCAUUCAACAUGCUAGAAAUAGCAGUCACAUUCUCUAGACUCACAUCCUUCCAUCUCAAAAAGGAAGGAAAGUCACGUUGGACAAUAAUAUAUCCUAUACACUUCUAAAUGAUGCGAAGGGAACGGCUGGAAUGUGUUUUUUUGCAUCAUAGAUCUGUUCAAACAGGGACGCUCUGUGCUAGGCGGUGUCUUAACAACAAAAUCUCAGUCGCAUUCGAAUUUGAAACCCUUCGAAUCUAGAUACACAGCCUUAUUGUGCAGGAAAUGAUGUUUCUGCUGAUGAAUCAUACAUCAUCAUGGAUCUACCUCCACAUUCCCCUUUCACCUUAGAUACACCACACUCUGAAAGAACGCCACCUCUCGAUGAAGAGAAAUUCCUCACCAUGUUUGACAGUGAUGGGCGUCUUGUGCAAGAACGGCAGCUGAGGAAGGCAGUUUUUCUUGGUGGAAUCCAACCUUCUCUCAGGAAAUCUGUGUGGCCAUUUCUGUUUGGAAUGUAUCCUUGUCAGUCAACUAAAAGAGAACGAGAAAUAAUUAAGUUGGAGUAUGUAAUAAAGUACCAUGAAAUGAAGGCCCACUGUCUCCAUGUCCUCAACAAAUUGGAGGCUGCUGCUGCUAAAGCUAAUACAGGGGAUCACGAUAUUGAUGAAAAUAUUAUGUCAGAGGAAUUUUAUAAAGAAGACAAUAGUCCAAAUUUAAAUUUAGUAAAGUCACCGUCGUCUGGAGAUGAGACCAGUUGGAUUACUGUCAAUAUGGAUUCAUCGGUUAAUUCAAAUGAAACUGUGCGAUCAAUUUCAAAAAGCCCGUCUCAAAGUAGUCUUUCAGAAGAAAUUUUUACAGAUACCAGUAAAUGUUAUAGCUCUUGUACAGUAUGUGGGCAGCCAUUGGACAGUGUAGAGAAAAUGUCUUCCUUUGAAGAUAAAUGUUCUGUUAAAGAAAGUUCUGUUGAGCAUUUUUGUACUUGUUUUCAUUCCUUGUCUUCUGAAGUUGUGAGCCCUACCAAAGUAGCACAACUGCAAUUAAAUGGUGUUAGCUCUUUGAGCCCACCUCUACAAACUCACUUGUUCCUUCCAGAACAUUCUGGACACAAAAAAAUUAGUGAUGUAAUGGAGUAUUCCCUAAUGGUUAAUCAAUUUGGUAAUGGAAAUUUGUCUCAGUUAGGAGGAAUGCAGAGUUCUUCAAAAGACAGUGAAUUAAAUUUGGAGGACAUUGCUGCUGCUGUGGCGGAGGCUGAAGCCAAAAGAUUUCAAACUAAUGUCUUUACAUCGGAUCUUAUUAGUUCUGGUCUCUCUCUUGAUUGGAAUUCACCAGAUGUACAAAAGCAGAUCAACUUCAUUGAUUUUCAAGCACAGAUAUAUGCCAAAAAGCAAAAAGUACAACGAAAGAAAUUUUGGGGGGACAUGAGGAUUAUAAAGCGUGAUGUGCCUCGGACUGACCGUAACCAUGAACUUUUUCGGGAGGACGACAGCAAAUAUUUAGAAUGGCUGAGGAAUAUGCUGACAACCUACACCUACUUCCAUCGAGAAGUAGGAUACACCCAAGGCAUGAAUGAUAUUGCUGCUAGUUUUUUAUCUACAUUCCAAAAUGAGGUAAACAUUAAAAAAAUAUGUUGCCAUCCGGGACACAGGAGUGGCUGUGUGCCAUUGGCAUAUUGGUGUUUCCAAUCUUACAUGGAAUCUGUGAAAGAAGAAUUCAAAGAAGAUGGAUUAGUUCGGAAGAUGGAUAAAGUGCAACAGUUGCUGAAUGAAGUUGAUGCAGAGGUCCGUCGUCACCUGACGGAAUAUCAACUCAGUAUGGUCUGUUGUCAAAGGUGGCUUGUGGUUGGCUUCAAGAGAGAAUUUGAUUUGGAGGACUCACUAAAGUGCUUUGAAAUCAUCAACAGUCGUCAUUUAGAACUGACAGCUGUCGAAACAGAAUUGAUUCGUAGGAAAGACUGUAAAUUUGAUUCUGAUGACUUUGGAGGUACUCUACGAAUGGUGUCUUCGAUGGAUAAGCCACCCUACUCAUUUGACAUCUUCAUGUGUGCUGCUCUUUUACUUGAAUUGCGAGAGGAAAUAUUUAACUGGACGUCAUUAGAAGAUAUAUAUGUUGGAAUGAAUAGCAUAAAAAUCAAUCUAGAUGAUGCAAUUAAAAAGGGUGAACAGCUUUUCCAUCAUUAUUGUAAAAAAAUGGUAGAUGACUGCUUUCUUGAAGUGAAUCCUGGCCUUUCUUCAAAGGCACUUUAGAAAAUCUUUAUAAUUCGAAAUAUUUUUUUUUUUAAUAUACCCUCUCAAGGAAAUGACUGGACUAUAUUUUGCUCAGGACUUUUGAUAAUUGAUUUUAUUAUUAUUAUUACUAUUAUUAUUAUUAUUAUUAUUAUUAUUAUUGGUGAGUGCUGUGUAUGGUGUUAAAUUCUUGGUGAUCCAAGUCUAGUACACAGUUUUGAUUUCCAAUUGAAACUGCUGAUGUGGCUAACCGACAUCACAACUUCCUGUUUCUUCUGAUAGCUUCAGGUUUCUUGCCUAAAUAGGAAAAUCACAAUCAUCAAUAAUUUAUUAUUAUUACUAUUUCAAUAAUUGUUAUUAUUAAUAUUAUUGACAUCAUCUUCAUCAUCACCAUCAUGUCCUCAAUAAGCUACACAUACUUUAGUAAUCUAAUUUCCUGUUUUUAUUGAUCUUAUGAAACGUGUCAUGCAAUUUUAAUGUUUUAUCUUUUCGUAUAAAAUCAGUAUUGUUGUAUAUUUUCAAUCAAAACUACUUGUUUUCAGCAACUAAGAAUAUAUCUAUCUCAGCCAAGCUAAAUGAUAGGUUUAGAUUGUUAAUGAAAUAUAUUUUUAAUGCUCAUUUAAGCUAAUAAAAAUUAUAUACAUAAUAGUAUACUCUGCUCAGUUAACUUAAACUAAAUAUAAAAUAGCAGUCAACUACCUUACAAACCUGUCUUUAUCAUAUUAGGCAAUUAUUUACCUGUAUAUUGUUAUCACAAUAACACAGUUUUAAAAUAUUUUGAGAAAUAUAUGCAGAGUCAAUAGGGCUUUUUAUUAAUAAUUUGAUGUCAAACUGGUUUGCAACAAUUUGUUGGCACUCCGUCGCUUACGACGUCGAGGGUUCCAGUCGAUCCGAUCAACGGAACAGCCUGCUCAUGAAAUUAAUGUGUAAGUGGCUGAGCACUCCACAGACACGUGUACCCUUAACGUAGUUCUUGGGGAUAUUCAGCGUGACACAGUGUGACAAGGCUGACCCUUUGAAUUACAGGCACAACAGAAACAGGAAGUAAGAGUGAGAGAAAGUUGUGGUGAAAGAGUACAGCAGGGUUCACCAGCAUACCCUGCCGGAGCCUCGUGGAGCUUUAGGUGUUUUCGCUCAAUAAACACUCACAACGCCCGGUCUGGGAAUCGAAACCAUGAUCCUAUGACUGUGAGUCCACUGCCCUAACCACUGGGCCAUUGCGCCUCCACUUUUGCAACAAUAAUGCAGUGUGAAAAUGACUUUCGAUAAUGACGCAGUGGCAAUAUCAUUUGCCACUAGCUCAAUGUCAAAAGUGUUUGAUGAUAACACACCAUAAAACUGAUCUGCAGCUGAUGCAGUAUUAAACUAUAGGCACAGUUUGGCUGAAUGGUUAAGAUGUUUGUUCUGCAAUCAGGAGGUCCUGAGUUUAGUCCCAUUCUGUAGCAUCUUGAGCAAAUGUCAUUUUCUAUAGCCUCAGGUCAACCGUUAUCUUGUGAGUGAAAUUGAAUAAAUGGAAACUGUUUAGAGGGAUGGAAGGCAUGUGGCCUGAUGGUUAGGGGUUGCACUCAUGGCUAUGAGAUUAUGGUUUUGAUUCCUGGACUGGGUGAUGUAUUGUGUUCUUGAGCCAAUCACUUAAUUUCAUGUUCGGGUUCACUCAGUUGUAAAUGAUUUCCAUUCAUAGCAGGGAAGUUAACCCUGCGAUGGACUAGCAUCCUGUCCAGUGGGGAAUGUUGUAAUCUCAGUCACUUAUAUGUCAUGGAAAUUGAGCUAACCUCCAACUUUCUAAGUUCUGGGGCUCAGGGAAAGGUGAUAAAACUGUAUAGAGGCCCGUUUAAUGGAUUGUACCUAUAAACUGGCACUCUGUCAGUUACAAUGAUAGGUGUUCCAGUUGCUCUGAUCAACAGAACAGCCUGCUUGACAUCAUUAGUGUAAUGUAGAAAUUUUUUGGCUUCAGUGCAGUGUCAAAUAUUAAGAGUACUUGGUUUCUAAAUUCAAUGUUGAAUUAACUUUGCAGUGGUGUGCUACUGAAAUAGCUUUGCACCGGCCUUGUGAAAGUAAUUAUUUUACAUCAUUUUAGAGUUGAUAUUACAUACCAACCCUCCUGACAACUUCAUAUUUUUGUUGACAUGUUUUUACUAGAACAUACUUUUGCUCAUGUCUCAUUCACCAAGUGCUGAGAUAUGUUACAGUGAUGCUCAUAUUAACAUGCGACAUUUCUUAUUUAUUGAUACAUCACAUUCAUCAUUAACUACUGACUUACCAUGAUAACACUUCUCAUUGGUCGAGUGUUGACUCCUCAUAUUGACUCAGCAUUGAAAUACCACAGGGAUAUAGUACAGAAAAUUUACAGCAAUUUAGUAUUAGCAAAUAUUACCAUAAGGAUGCAGUGCAUAGAUUCUAUAUUGAACUGAUGCAUACUAACUAGGUGUUGACUGUUUUAUAUUACUGUCAUAUAAUAUGGAAUUUUUUGUGAGACUAGGCACAAGGUUAAAUUCAACACACACACACACAUAUAUAUAUAUAUACCGGAGUAAGCACAUAAAUGUGAAAGACGGUGGAAAAAAUAGGACUCGAAUACCAGAGGUAGAGUAAUAUGCUUUAUUAAAAAGCAGCAGAAAUAUAUAACAAAAAACUGUUACUCAGAGUUUCACGUUCCUAUUCGUCAGACAGUUUUGUCCGACGAAUGGGCACGUGAAACUCUGAGUAAUAGUUUUUGUGAUAUUUCUGCUGCUUUUUAAUAAAGUAUACAUACAUACAUACAGACAGACAGACAGACAAACAGACAGAGAUAUCAGUUGAAUUGAUUUUAUAAUAAUUACUGAUAAUGGAUUAAUUUACAAACUCUGGUGUAAUAAAAGGUAAAGGUUGCAACUUUUGUUGAAUUUGAUGUCAGAAUGAAUUAAAGAGAUAUGAGACUAGUAAAUGUUGCUUUACCAUUUCUGCUGACUCAUCAUAGCUUCGCAAAACCUCUUUCAAUGUUACAUAUUAUUUCUUGAGUUCCAGUCCCACCAAGGCUAACUUUGCCUCGAUUUCUUACAGGGCUGAUGUUAUAGAUUAUGUCCCCUACCUGUUAUGCUAUGUAAUGUUGGUAUAGAUUUUCAUACACUGGGUAAAAGUCAUGACUAUAUGUUUGUACUAACGUUGAAACUCCAAACUACUGUAUAACAUUCAUAGUACAGCUUUAAAUCUGUCUUCAUGUCACUAUAACAUCAACAUAUUGUCUGAUUGCUAUAGGUUUUGACACAGUGUUUAACAUACUGUCACAUCGCAUGCCACUUUCCCAUUGCAGUGCUCUCAUGAUGUGAUAUAAGUCUGUUGCUAGCAUGUUUCUUUUACUUGUUUCAGUCAUUGGAUUGCAGCCAUAUUGAGGUACUGUCCUGAAGGGAUUUAAUUGAACAAAUUGACCCUAGUACUUAUUUUUAUAAAGCCUGGUACUUAUUCUGUCAGUCUCUUUUGACGCCAGUUGUCAAGCAGUGAGUGGACAGAUACAUACACAAAGACACAAACAUAUAUAUAUAUAUAUAUAUAAAUAUAUAUAUAUAUAUAUAUAUAUAUAUCCCCCUCUCACUCACUGGGAGAGAGGCACAAGCACAUACACAGACAUAUACACACACGGCAGUAACUUCCGCCUACCAAAUUCAAUCACAAGGCUUCAGUCAGCCCGGGGCUAUAGCAGAAGACAUUUGCCCAAGGUGCCACGCGGUGGGACUGAACCCAAAACCAUGUAGCUUGGAAGCAAGCUUCCUAACCACACAGCCAUGCCCAUAUAUAUAUAUAUAUAUAUAUAUAUAUACUACACUCUCUGAGUGGUUGGCGUUCGGAAGGGCAUCCAGCUGUAGAAACUCUGCCAAAUUAGACUGGAGCCUGGUGUUGCCAUCCGGUUUCACCAGUCCUCAGUCAAAUCGUCCAACCCAUGCUAGCAUGGAAAGCGGACGUUAAACGAUGAUGAUGAUGAUAUAUAUAUAUAUAUAUAUAUAUAUAUAAACAUAUAUAACAUAUACACACACACACACAAACUAUGGGCUUCUUUCAGUUUCUGUCUACCAAAUCUAUUCACUAGGCUUUGGUUUUCCCAGGGGCUAUAUAGUAGAAGGCACUUAUCCAAAGUGUCACACAGCAGAACUGAACCCGAAGCCAUGUGGUCGGAAAGCUAAUUUCUUAGCACACAGCCAUGCCCAUGCUUUACCAUGCCUGCUCAUGUUGUUAGUUUAUAUUGUCACAUGAUUCUUAUUUUUAUUUCAAUACCAAAACCUAAUUUUACCUGUGCUGAUACUUAACAUUAGCACAUUACAAUGUUACCAUAACAUUGUACUGUGUUGUCGCAUCCCACCACUGCAAUGCUAUACUGCCAUCACAUCAGUUAAUACAUUACCACAACGUAGGCUUGUCACACUGUAUUGUCACCCUAUUGUAUUGUUACACUUUACUGUCUUGCCAUUUUGCCUAGAUAUAACAUAGUCAAGGUCUCAUUGCAUAAUACUCUCACACCCGUAUAAACUUAGUGUUGUAUUAUAUUUUUACACCAAUGUUACUGUAAUGUAAUGUUCCAUAUGAAUGCAUGUCGUGUUGCUGUGUUUAUAUAAUAAUGUCUCACUGCUUUGAUGUUCAUGUAUUAUUUCAUUUUUUUAUUAUCUCACCAUCGCAAUGUUAGCAUAUAUAUUUUCAUAUUACUUGCAAUUUUAUUUAUUUUUCUUUUUUUUAGUAUAUCAUAAUGUCACUGCAAUAUAGAUAUGUUUCACUGUGUUGUCAAAGUGUUGCAAUGUCAGUAUGUGAAUACAUACAUACCUAUCAAUCUGUCUGUCUGUCUCUCUCACUCUCUCUCUCUCUCUAUCUAUCUAUCUACCUACCUAUCUACCUACCUACCUACCAUCUCAUAUGUGCCAUUCUUCUCCUGUAUUCAAUCAUACCUCUGCAGUAAUACAAUAUUAUCACUGUAGUGGUCUUGUUGUUAGGGCGCUGCACUCACUGUCAGAAGAUUGUGGUUUCAAUUCCUGGACUGGGAAGUGCAUUGUGUUCUAGAGCAAAGCACAUCGUUUCUUGUUCCAAUUCAUUCAGCUCUUAAUAAGUAACCCUACAACAGACUUGCAUCCUGUUCAAUGGUAAUGUUGUGAUCUCGGUCCCUUAUAUUAAAACCAGGUACCUAACUGUACGAAUCCUUGGGCUUGAGACUAAUAUCCAGGUGUUAAUGAUAAUGAUCAUAAUUACUGCAAUAAUAUUAUAGUCACAUCACUUCAAUGAUACCAUAUUAUGAAACUACUACUGCAUUACAGGAUUGCCAUUUCACUGCAAUGGUACAGCAGUGUCACACCACUAUGGUGAUACAAUGAUAUCACACUAUUGCAAGGAAACUUUGUUGUCACACCUUACAGUGAUACAAUAUUGUCAUACCUCUACAAUGAUAUGUUGUUGUAACACCACUUCAGUAAUAUAGUAUUGUCACACCUCUGCAGUUACAACAUUGUCCCAUCACUGUAGUAAUACAUUGUUGUCACACACCUGCAAUGAUACAUUGUCAUAUUGGCUAUGGUGACACAAUGAUGUUAUACCUUAGCAAGGACACAUUGUUAUCACAACAUUGUAGUAAUCCAACAUUGUUACAUCAUGACAGCGAUAGACAUUUUCGAGCCACUGCAAUGAUAAUACAAAAUCGUCCUGUCACUGCAAUUUUUUUUGUGCUUUUAUUGUUUAUUGUUAUUAUUAUUGUUGUUAUUGUUAUACAAAUUCCACCGAGGUCGACUUUGCCUUUCAUCCAUUUGGGGGUCAAUGAAAUAAGUACCAGUUACACACCGGGGUCGAUGUAAUUGACUUAUCCCCCCACCCCAAAUUUCAGGCCUUGUGCCUAUAGCAGAAAGGAUUGUUAUUAUUAUUAUUAUUAUUAUUAUUAUUAUUAUUUUAAGGCAGCGAGCUAGCAGAAUCGUUAGCAUGCCGGGUGAAAUGCUUAGCGGUAUUUUGUCUGUUGCUACAUUCUGAGUUCAAAUUCCGCUAGAGUUGAUUAAAUAAGAACCAGUUAUGCACUGAGGUCAAUGUAAUCGACUUAAUCCCUUCCUCCAAAUUUGAGGCCUUGCGCUUCCAGUAGAAAGAAUUAUUAUUAUCAUUAUUAUUAUUAUUAUUAUCAUUAUUAUUAAGGUGGUGAGCUGGCUGAAUCGUAAGCAUGCUGCAAAAUGCUUGGCAGUAUUUCAUCCAUCUUCAUAUUCUGAGUUCAAAUUAUGCUGGGAUCAUCUUUGCCUUUCAACCUUUUGGGGGUUGAUAAAAUAAGUACCAAUGGAGUACAGGGGCCGAUGUAUUCGACUAUCCUCCCCGCCAAAAUUUCAGGCUUUGUGCCAAUAGUAGAAAGAAUUAUUAUUAUUAUUAUUAUACCAAGAACUCGAUUUGUCAUUGUUAUUGUUGUCACUUUCAUGCCACCAUGCGCCACAUCGUCCUGCUUAUUUCAAUUUCAAGAUCCUUGUACUUUAAUGGUUUCUCCACCUUCUUCCAGGCAAUGUUUUGGCCAGAAGAGGUCAUAUAAUUGUUGUUGUUGUUAUUAUUAUUAUUAUGAUUAUUAUUAUUAUUAUAAUUACUAUUAUUAUUAUUAUUAUUAUUAUUGCUUAUUCUUCACACACACACACACACACAUAAACAAAACCCAAAAUAGCUGCCUGUGAUCUGCUGUAAAAUUAUUUUGUCUAAUUUCAAGGAGACAUUAUAUGAAAAUACAUGAAAAAAAAAAAACCAAAAAAAAAAAACCUAAAAGAACUAAAGAAUUAAUGAUUUUAAACUCUAAAACUGAGUGUGUGUUUUUAUUUGCUUUGCAUAUUUUUCAAUUCAUGUUGUUUCAAUAAGUGUCAUCAUCAUCGUCAUCAUUUUUUUAGCUUCCAAGUUUCAUGCUGGCAUGGGUCAAACAGUCGACAAGAUCUUAUUGUUGCAAGGACUGCAUCAUGUUCUAAUGUAUGCUUCGGUAUAGUUUCUAUAGCUGGAUGCUCUUCCUGAUGCCAACCACUUUACAGUAUGUACUAGGUGCUCUUUUUUUGAUGCCACCAGCACUAGUGAGGUUUCCAUGAAGCUUGCAAGACCAGAAACCCUACAUGAGUUGGGUGGUUUCCACCUUAUGAUAGGAGAUGAGGAGAGGAGUGUUGAUCAGAGAAUUUACAUGCUACCCACAUUUAGAAAGGAGGGUUAGAGACAAAGAUCAAUAGGAGCUGCAAAAUUAAUAUUUGUCUUAUUGUUCCAUUUAGUUUUAUGAAAGAACUUAUCCAGAUCAAGCAGGCUUAUCACCAAAGGCGUUCCAGCCAUGACUUCUUGGGAGACCUAGGGCUAUAUUAGCCAGUGUGUUCUUCUCUAAGGCAGUGAGCUGUGAUCUGAGGGAGAUAUGGUUCUUAUUUCUCACAUAUUGUACGACCAUGUAGAAGCUCUCUACUGUUUAUCUCCAGAUCAGCUUUGACUGAGCAGAUCCAUGCUGAGAUGUUUCAAAUAUAUGUUCAUAUAUAAUGUAGUUCCAGAUGUACAAUAGUGUAUCUGGAACUACAUUAUCGUAGUUGUUCACUUUAUGUUUAAAGAUGGCAUGGUGUUUUUUUGGAGGAAGACUUGGUUGCUAUUUCUGCAGAAUGUGAAACUGCAUAGAGACCUUAUGGGUUCAUAGAACGGAUGGUUUUUGCAUAUUGCUGGAGUGUUUUUUGAUAGUUGUAUACUCUCUCACCCACAAAAUAUGAUCUAUGUAGACUGAAGCAAGCAGAGCUAUGUAACUUGACUUUGGAACACAAUACAAGUAACUAUAAUAAAGCUUGAUUUCAUAUGGUCAAUAGUCCAACACAUCCAUCUCAGUGGACCCCUAUUAUCAAAAACCAACUAUUGCUAUUACAACAAAACAACAACAAAUAAAUUAACAAAGCAUCUAGGAUACUUUGUCUGUAGAAAAGAUACUAGAAUUCCUUGUAUCAAAGGUGAACUAGGGAAAAAAAACAAGCAAGUUCAGAAAAAUGUAGAUAACCAACAAAAACAAAAUCAUAUGUUCAUUAAAAUAAUUUAUUUAAAUUUACAUAAAUAUCACAAGAAUAGAAUUUUGUCCUAAAGCAUAUUACACCUCAUUAAUAUCCAAGUCUUACCAUCCAGUCCUUGUUCACAAUUUUCACUAUUGUAAAAUCUAAGGCAUCGGUGACUUUUAUUCUUUAUUCAUACAAGAUACAAAUGACAAUUAUCUUGACAAAUAAUGGCUUGAGUGUAUAUGUGUUCAUCUAAUCUUGAAGAGAUGAAAUAAUGUUUUAAAUUAUUUAUUUUAUUUAUCAUAGAAUCUGACUCAACAGUGACUGGUAACACUUCUCACCUGCAUCACUUUAAUCUUACACUAAUUACAUUGAAAUUUAUUUAUAUUUCUUUUCAUACAAAAUUAGACUAAAGUGUCAACUUAAGAUAAUAAUACCUUAGACAAUUGAGAGAAAAUAUCAAGUAAUAGGGAUAUGUGAUAUAUGUCUAAGGUUUUCAAAAUUUAAACCAAAUGUGAAAGAAAAAAAAAAAACCCAAAGUCUUAUUUAAAAAAAUAAAUAUAUAUAAGCAGAAUCCUUGAUAUAGUACUCUCUCUGCUUUCAUUAUAUACUUUCUUCUGUAGUAAAGGCAAAGCUUAUCUUCCCUUUAAUGUUACUUCAUUGAAUAGGCUAUCAAAAUUCAAAUAAGCAUCAAAAUAAUGAUACAUAUUUGAAUAUUGUCUUUUUUUUUUAACUCUGUAAAGCAGUGCUUGGCACACUGAUCUGCCAUGAGAUGAUGCUAGGUAUGCCGCAGUGUAACCUGAAUAUAAUUUUUUCCCUCAUACUUUUAGUUAUAUUUUCAGUUCAGGUGUGUCAUUGAAUUUUGAAAAGAAUAUAAGUGUAUCGCAGGUAAAAAAAAAAAGGUUGUGGAGCACUGCUGUAGAGCAAUGGUCCUCUUUAUUUUUUACUUUGCUAUACAUUAAAAAAAAGA